AUGAGCAAAGGCUUAUUUUUAUCUCGUUAUCGCCAAUGGAAAUGCAUUUGCGCGCUUCACGCGACGUCAUUCACGACCGGACGCAUCAAAGCUAUGCUACCGAUAAUGUCGGACACGUUUGACCGGUUGGCCACUCUAUUGGACCCGAAAGCCCGCGACAGUCAAGUUGUCGACUUUUGCACAGUUUACGACUCGUUCACGUUUGACGUGAUUACUAGAGCUGUGGCCGGUGCCAACGCGAACGCCCUUUAUCACUCCGUAGAUCACCCCUUGUUCACCUCGGUGAUCACAAUAUUUCAAAAUGAUCAAGGUGUGCGCGAUUGGUUGGCGUUUUAUAUGACAUUUUUGCGCGGAUUUGUUGACAUACCGUUCUUUGAUCGGCAAAAAAUGCAAGUAAUCAGCAAUACUGUGUAUUACCUAAUCAGCAAACGGGUGGCCAACGACGUACUUUUCACAGCACUCGGUCAGACAAUUAACAUGUUUGCCGCCGGCCACGAGACCACAGCCUCACAGUUGUGUCUCAUUACUCGCAUACUUGCGCUCAAACCCUGGUAUCAAACAAAACUGGUUCACGAGAUUCAUAACACAUUGUAUACUAAAGAUAUUAAUGAAGUCGACAGAAUGCUUACAAAAGAGACGUAUUUAGAGGACCCUGAUCAUUUUGCCGACCCCGAUGAGUUUAAGCCGGAACGGUUCCCACCGAAAAAUCUAGAUGAUAUCAAACCUACUCUUUGCGAUUCGCUGUUUUAG